AUGGCACCCUCCGCCCGCGGAGUGGUGCAUGCGAGUAUCAUCGGACGCCAUGUUAUGGCAAAUACUGUAUUUGUCGCCCUCAAUUGCAUCAGCCUCAACCUGGACAAAUUGUCUGAGAAGCUUCGCACGAUCUGGCCCCUGCGUAUCUCCAUUGAGAUGGGAAAGAUCUUCAAUGCACUUAAUCACACAAUCAAUCGUCCCGAGAUCUUGGGGUCUUUGGUGUUCAAGAACAUUCGCAGACUCUAA